AAACUGCCCGCGCGGGAGCCCCGGCCAGCUUCGGGGUUGUCCUGGGACGUGUCCUGCUUCCCGAGCCUCACGCUCUGGCGAAGGCGGCGGCCACAUAUCGUUUGACUAAAGGACUCACCGUCCAGUGCUCCAGCCGAAGACCCUAAGGGCCCGCCACCAGCGCCGCCACCAUGCCCAACUUCUCUGGCAACUGGAAGAUCGUCCGAUCGGAAAACUUCGAGGAUUUGCUCAAAGUGCUGGGGGUGAAUGUGAUGCUGAGGAAGAUCGCCGUGGCUGCCGCCUCCAAGCCGGCAGUGGAGAUCAAACAGGAGGGAGACACUUUCUACAUCAAAACCUCUACCACUGUGCGCACCACGGAGAUUAACUUCAAGAUUGGAGAAGAGUUCGAGGAGCAGACGGUGGAUGGGAGGCCCUGUAAGAGCCUGGUGAAAUGGGAAAGUGAGAACAAAAUGGUCUGCGAGCAGAGGCUUUUGAAGGGAGAGGGUCCCAAGACCUCCUGGACCAGAGAACUGACCAAUGAUGGGGAGCUGAUCCUGACCAUGACGGCGGAUGACGUUGUGUGCACCAGGGUCUACGUCCGAGAGUGAGUGGCUGUGGGUCUGAAGGAUGCCCAAGCCCAUCCCCAGCCCACACGCCUGCUUCUCUGCCCUGUGGGCCGUCCCUCCCCCCUUCCUUCUAGGCUAGCUCUCCCCCUCACCCAUGCCACUUCCCCAGGUGCUGGGAUGCCUCCUGCAGGGGCUCUGCUUUUUUUGCCCCUCCUCCGCUCCCCUAUUCCAACAAAGAGGGAUGGGUUGCAGGAGCCCAGAUCACCCAUUUUGGAAUCACUCCCCUCACCCCCCAAAUAGCCAGUCCCAGCCUCAAACCAGCCCAGAACCGUCUCUUUCUGUGAGGGGACCUGAGGGCCUGAGAGGGAAAGACAGCCCUCUGGCUUCUACUUUGCCCCUGUAGCCUAUACAGUAUAGAAUAUUUAUUGGUUAAUUUUAUUAAAAUGUUUUAAAAAAAA